AUGAACAAGAACCAAGCAGCAGAGCAGAGCCUGGGGGUCCUCCCAAGCAAGCUUCAGCUCAGAGGAUCGGAGAGCAAGCACCUGGCAGGGCCGGGGGAGGCGAGGGAGCUCCCUCCCGAGGUCUGCAACCGCCUGCAGCCGACCAAGGGACCCCAACUGCAGAGGCGGCGACACUCAACCCUCCCACCGCCACCCGCCAGCCCGCGGAGGAAGCUCUGCGGGCUUGGGCUGCCGGCGGCAGGGCUCAGCGCAGCAGCUCCGCUCCCCCGGCAGCCUGCUCCGCCGCCCCGGCAGCCUGCUCCGCCGCCCCGGCAGCCCGCUCCGCCGCCCCGGCAGCCCGCUCCGCCGCCCCGGCAGCCUGCUCCGCCGCCCCGGCAGCCUGCUCCGCCGCCCCGGCAGCCUGCUCCGCCGCCCCGGCAGCCCGCUCCGCUCCCCCGGCAGCCUGCUCCGCCCCGAGCUGCCCUGCCGCACGCUGCCGCAGCGCUGCUGCUGCCCGGGGCUGCCCCUCAGCAGCAUCCCCUGCCGGGGGUCCUGCGGCCAGCCCCUGCGGCCGCUGGCGUCUCAUCCUGCAUCACCACCUACAAGAAGACCCCGCCGCCGGUGCCCCCCCGGACCACCACCAAGCCUUUCAUCUCCAUCACCGCCCAGAGCAGCACCGAGUCGGCCCAGGACGCCUACAUGGACGGGCACGGGCCGCGGGGGGACAUCAUCAGCCAGUCUGGCCUCAGCAACUCCACCGAGAGCCUGGACAGCAUGAAGGCCCUGACGGCCGCCAUCGAGGCCGCCAAUGCCCAGAUCCACGGCCCCGCCAGCCAGCACCUGGGCGCCAACACCGCCACCGUCACCACCACCGCCACCAUCGCCACCGUGGCCGUGGAGGACAGGAAGAAGGACCUCUUCAAGAAGAACAGAUGCCUCUCCAUUGGCAUACAGGUCGAUGGUGCUGAAGAGUGCCCCAAAUCAGGUGAAAACAAGGCCAGCAGUAAGUUCCAGUCCAUAGGAGUCCAAGUAGAGGAGGAGAAGUGCUUCCGCAGGUUCACGCGCUCCAACAGCGUCACCGCGGCCGUGCAGGCGGACCUGGACUUCCACGAGAACUUUGAGCUCCUGGAGCCUCAGGAGGACAACUCCUGCCCCGGCCCAGCCUCCAGGCAGUUCUCCCGCGACGCCAGCACCUCCACCGUCAGCAUCCAAGGCUCGGGAAACCACUACCACGCCUGUGCCGUGGACGAUGACUUUGAGACGGAUUUUGACCCCUCCAUUCUGCCUCCCCCUGACCCCUGGAUCGACUCCAUCACCGAAGACCCCCUGGAAGCUGUGCAAAGGUCGGUGUGCCCCCGCGACGGCCACUGGUUCCUGAAGCUGCUGCAGGCCGAGAGGGAUCGGAUGGAGGGCUGGUGCCAGCAGAUGGAGAGGGAAGAGCGGGAGAGCAACCUGCCCGAGGACAUUCUAGGCAAAAUCCGAACUGCAGUGGGCAGUGCCCAGCUCCUCAUGGCCCAGAAAUUUUACCAGUUCAGAGAGCUUUGUGAAGAAAACCUGAACCCCAACGCGCACCCCCGGCCGACCUCCCAGGACUUAGCAGGGUUUUGGGAUAUGCUGCAGCUGUCCAUAGAGAACAUUAGUAUGAAAUUUGAUGAACUCCAUCAGUUAAAGGCCAAUAAUUGGAAACAGAUGGAUCCCCAUGACAAGAAGGAGAGAAGGGUCCCUCCUCCAGUGCCAAAGAAGCCAUCGAAAGGUCAGGUGCCACUGAUCCGUGAACGCUCCCUGGAGAGCUCGCAGCGCCAGGAGGCUCGGAAGCGGCUGGUGGCCGCCAAGCGCGCGGCCUCCGUCCGCCAGAACUCCGCCACCGAGAGCGCCGAGAGCAUCGAGAUCUACAUCCCCGAGGCCCAGACCAGGCUAUGAAGGGAUCCCUCCGGCCUGCAGGACUCUCUGUCUCUCUCUCUCUCUGGCAAGAGCAAGCCUCCUGUAUGAUCCCUGCCCCUCCUAGGCUCCCGCUCGAGGUCACCACCGAGUAUUUGUUACCUCCUCCUCCUCCUCCUCCUCCUCUCUCCCGCCCCUAGCCCCUCUCCUCUCCCCUCCCCGUACGCAGCCACCCUGAUGCUCCCAGCUGAACUCCACUGCCGGUCCUCCAAGAGGUGUCCUCUGCUCUCCCUUUUGCUUCCUGAAGGUUCUCCCCAUGCCAUCACGAUGCUUUGUCACAUGGACUGAUGCAGCCACUUUUGCCUCAUGUAAACCAGUAGAGUCCUUUUCAUUUGAUUUGGGGUUGUUUUCUUGGGGGGGUGGGGGUGGGGGUGGUUUUUGGUUGUUUUGGGGGUCCCCCCCUCCCCUCUCUGUCUGCAACAAAGGCAGGGCUAAGCCUUCCACACCCCUGUGCAGUAGAUGCUCCUCACCUUCCACUCGAUCUUUUUGUUGACCUCAAGGUAGUUCUGGUGUACAGCAAUAUCCAACUGUAGGGGACCGUGGAGGUUUCAGUCAGGCAGGGUGAUCCCCAUGGACUCUGCUGUCUUCCUCACCAAGGAUGGAAGGAGCUAGGACUUGGAUUCCCUUUUUAUUCCCGGUUUUUGGAGGGGUGUUUUUUGGUUGGUUGG